GUCUACUAUAACGAGUAGCAAUACAACGAGUGAACAUCAUCUGCCAUCGAGAGCGGCCGUACGCUUACGGCGCAUAAGUUUAACUAAUUUCAGUGCCUCAAACCACUUGAAACUAUAAAUAAAAUAAAUGUUAAUGUGUAAGUGCAGCACCGCUACAAUGCCCUGAAGUGCAGCAGUGAAGAAAGUUUUCCUAACCAGGUACAAAACCCGUUGGACAGUCAAACGAAUACCGCCGCAGUGAAAAAAAGUGAAAAUUAGAGUGUGUGUGGUGUCAGCUUAGCGAGUGCGGGGAGCGUUGCAUGCGUACGUAUGUGUGUGUAUGGUUCUUACGUUGCGCUGCGUUACGUUGCAAGUGAAAUUUCAUGACAUUUGGCAGCGGCAAUUGAAAUUGUUUAUUUUUCUCAAGGCAAUGCUACACCGAACAUAGCAACCGCCCGCAAAUGUUGUUCCCAAAAUAUGAUAAUGAAAGAUGCACGAAUAUGAAAUAUAUGAGCUGAAAGAGGAACAAGCACGUCUUCCGCCAAGCAGCAACAGUAACAACACCACCACCAGUAACAGCAACUCAGACAAUUAUCAACACCCGUACAUUUCGUCGAAGUCAGACACUUCAGAGACACCCCAAGCUUCCACGACAUCUGCAGCGACUAAAUCCGACGAGCCGUCGUCGCCAACGUCAACGUGUUCUGUCAUAUAUCCAGAAGUACAAGAGUACGUAGAUCAGGUUGCACAGCCGCAACAAACAGCCCAUAAAGAUAUUGAAGCGGCGCCUAAACGUAAACGGGUUCGACGCGUUUAUGUGGCAGAGUUUUCGCGGUGUGCUAGUCUAAGGUCACGACAAACAGCUGCAAUAAACCUACCGCCCAUACCGGAGAGAUCAUCAACUCCGCCACCAACAGUACAGUCAUCACCGACGCCCACAGAGGCUACAGAGUAUCUUAAGUAUAUAAAGUUAGAACAUUUCCAACCCGAGUUUUGGAAUCGCAUUGAGGAGGAGCCCGAACCGAAGCUAACUGGAAAAAAGAGACGCGGAGGGAGUGGAGGUAUCACCGGAAGAAAUCGCAAACGUCGCCCCAGGAUCGAAAUCGAUUCUAAUUUCUCAGCGGAGACAGCAGCGGCCAUUGCUGCGGCUCAAAUUGAGCUUGAUUCGAGUAAACCAGCGUCUCGGGCUUUUCGGAAACGCAAACGCAGCUGCAACAUGUCGUUAUACGAUCGACGGUAUCAGACGUCUACUGACGAACAGCGGCGCGUGGCCAAUGGUUAUACGUCCAGUGGCACUGGCUUGCGUGCUGGUAACUCAGCCGUCUCCGGAGACAGCGACACACCCGAACUGCAGAGUCAUCAGUAUUAUGGUCCAGCCGGUGGCAGCAAUUCAAGCGGUGCAAGCUCUAACCCCGGAAGCGGACUAAAUGGCAGUGGUGGCACAACAUUGAAUCAUGUCCCAGCUAUGGGUACGCUGUGCAACAUUGGCAACACAUGCUAUCUGAAUUCGGUGGUGUAUACACUACGUUUUGCCCCGCAUUUCUUACAUAAUUUGCAUCAUCUCAUUCACGAUUUGAAUGUGGUGCAACAGGCAAUACAGCGUCAACAGAAUGCCAAGUCCGCCUCGCUGGGCCGCAACGUUAGCGGCGGUGGUGCCCAAUUGGAGCAUGCACGUAGCUGGAGCAGCAAAGACUUAGCCACGACGGACCCGUACAAUAGUACCAGUAAUGGCAGCAGCAUCAACGCCGCCAACAGUGGAAGCAAAAAGUCAACACAUCAGUCGGUCAGUGAGAAAUUGCACGAUCUGUAUAACAGUCUGCACGGCAAUGAGAUGGCCGAUUCUAGUGAGCCCUAUCAUGCGGACACACUGUUGCAUGCCAUACAGGAUGUCAAUGCCACAUUCGAGGGUAAUCAGCAACAGGAUGCGCACGAGUUUCUAAUGUGUGUGCUGAAUUGUAUACGCGAAACGAAUCAGUCGCUGAUAAAGGCCAUUGGCGAAUGUCCAGAAGUGAUUGCGAAUGGUUACAUUGCCAAUCCUGAUGAUGCGGACACAGUCGAUUCGAUGGAGCGUUCUGAUGUGGGCAAUCAUGCGCUGAUGAGCGCCUCCGGCAAUGGCUCUAUAGCAACUAGUCAAAAUCAAACUACCACAACAAAAACGUCAUUUUUUUCGCGAAAAUCUAAGAGAAAAGAUGAAGUGAAGUCCUCAAAGGCGACACGAUUGCAGUCACCGCUUAAAGAUAAUAGUCCAACCACAGCCGGCGGUGGCAUGGCAACCUCACAUGUCGCCUCCAAUAGUCUAUUCUAUUUAAAUACAGUCGAUCUCAGCGGUGCCAGCGCUUCGGCGGCUGUUGCUGCUGCUGCUAAUACCACAGCAUCAGUUGCAUCGACCGCACCUGCAAAAUAUUCCAGUGAUGAUGAAAUCAAUACGGCUAGUCUGCUUAAGGAUAAAAUGCGUCUAGAGGAGCGCAUUCGUGAGCUGAACAUCAACUUCUUCAGCUCCGAUUUUGAAGGCAUUGUGGUGCUGACCACCAAAUGCUUGAGCUGUGAGACAAUUACGCGUCAGAAGCAGGGCAUGCUCGAUAUCUCAGUACCUGUGCCGAUUUCGGGUUAUGAUAAUGCCGAAUUACAGGAAAAACCCAGCGCCUAUAUACAGAACUCGUGCAUAACGCGGGAAUAUUUUCGCGGCGAUAACAAAUACAGCUGUAAUCAGUGUACGGGCUACACUGAGGCCAUACGCUCCAUAUCGUAUGAGGUGCUGCCCCGUCUAUUGGUCAUCCAGUUGAAUCGGUUUUCGGGCGGCAUGGAGAAGGUCAGCACGUAUGUGCCCACAACAUUUACGUUGCCCUGCUUCUGUGCCAAGUGCUGUGAGCUGAGCGAUGCUAACAAGCUGCACGUAUAUAAGUUGUACAGCGUCAUAACGCAUGUGGGCGCUACGUUAACAGUGGGUCAUUAUAUAGCAUACACAUGCUUUUUGGAUUUGGCCAGUGAUUAUGUCAAUUGCCCCAAGGAUCGGCGGAAUGCAACUACCAGCGCGCAGCAACACCCGUCAGCGGCAACAGCAGCUGGCAAUGAGAAUGCGGCACCGAGCAAUAAUGGUAUUAGCAGCAUUGCCAGUAUACCUGUUUCAGCGGCCGCUUCGGCGUUAGCCUCAUCAGGCACCAGUUUGAUAAAGAAAAUGAAAUUUGGUCGCAGCAAAGCAUCCAGUAGCGGCGACAUGAGCAAAAAUGUUAAGCAAGUGAACGGAUUCAACAGCAAGACCAUCACCAAUGGCAUUGGCAAGCUCAGCAUGAACACCACCUGUCAUGGCGUCAACUGUUGUGCGAUGCGCUUGUGCUGCAGCCAACAGGCCAGCGUAGCGGGCAGCAAUAGUGCCAGCAACAGUGACUUCAGCGAGGAAUCCCUGCAGAAUGGCAGCAACAGCAAUCUCAGCUAUGGCAGCGGCACCAACAGUUGCGCAUCGUAUCCCACGGGCUAUGGCAGCACGGGGCGUGGCGGGGUUAAAGCUAACUUCGCCCAGGGCAACAGCAACGAGCCCAUUUGGUAUAUGUGCGACGAUGAUAAGAUCAAGGCGAUGACACAGCGUGAAUUUGAGGAGCUGCUCUCGCCGACGCGCAAAAUCACAAUAACACCAUAUUUGCUGUUCUAUGCACGCUUCGAUUUGCAGCCGGCGACGCCACAGAAGCCAUGCUCAUCAUCCACACCUCCACCACAGCAGUCGAUGUCAUCGGCGUCGUCGUCGGCAGCAGCAGCAACAGCCCAAGGAGCUGUGCCGGCGCAGCAGCUACCGCAGAGCUCCUGGUCAAAUGAUAACCUGCAAAGUGGCUUGCACAAGAUUUGAAAAGUUUUUGCGACGCUGCGCAAGGUCAUCAAAUGUAAAACAGAUGUGCCCUAGAAGUAACAGCAGCAUUAAAUAAGCAACUAUAUGAAUAGAGCAGCUAUGUAGGAACUUACAUUCAAAUACAUUAUAUAGAUAUAUAU